GUUUAGUAAGUGAGCAUGUGGCUCUGGGAGCUUAAAGUUUUUCUAAUCCUGUGGACGGUCUCCCAGGUAUAUAUACCUUGUUGGGGAAAGAAUUUGAUCGGUCGAUUUGAGUCGAUAAAUGGUAUUGAAGGCGAAGAGGAAACUCUAUUCACUUGUUCAUUGCGCCUCGUGGGAAGAGAACGUAUGUUGAAUGGAUCGGUUAUGCACCAAGUCGACUUGGACGACUCCUUCGAGGUGUGGAUGGAUAUUCUGCACUUCAAGAACGGAGAGUGGGCUCACGGAAAUAUCAAAGUGCGAACGAAGCCCUGCGAUUGGUUCACCAACUACUUUGGCAAAUACUUCCUGCCAUUGAUCAAGGAUUCAAAUCUACCGCCCAUUCAAGAGAUGUGUGUAUUCCCAAAGGGUGAAUAUUACUUGCGAAAUACCAAGAUCGAACCUCAAAACUGGCCGCCGAUUUUGUAUCGAGGCCUAAACCAAUUCAACAUUAAUUAUGUAAGGGAUGGCAAAAGUACUGGCGGCAUUCAAUUUGUCAUUGACUUGGAAGAUAAAAAAUUGUAGCCAAGUCAUAUAAAAAACGGGAAAUCAAAAAGUUUUCUUGUUAUAAAUAAAAUUCUAAUUCGAAAAAAGCGGGUUUAAAUGGCAAGCAGUCGCCAGUGAGUAAAGGUGUUAAACAAGCAGUGCCUCUCGACACCCAUUGUUACUUAAGCAGUUUUGACUGCUUGUGUCUGCGAAGCGGUUAUAAAGUAAUCGAUAACACAUUCAACGAUCGAGCGCAAAGUAGUUUGAACCGCAAC